AUGGUUGAGCUAAUAUUGAUUCUUGUCAUCAUAAUCAGGUACAAAUUGAAAGCAUGGGUGAUUAUAGCCGUGCUGGUCUCUGCAACAGGGCUUGUCUUAUGCCUCUCCUCCAUUUGUUUUUCAAGAAGGAGAAAGCUCAAACGCAAAGGAGAGGAUGCCUCAGGCAAUGAUCUACUGUUAUUUGAUUUCAAUACUGAACUUCAUGCAAUUAAUGAUGGAACAAACACUAAAGAGAAUCUGAAGAAAAUAGGGGAGAAGGAUGUUGAGUUGCCACUAUUCAGUUACGAGAGUGUAUCAGCUGCAACUAAUAAUUUCUCAGCUAUGAAUAAGCUUGGAGAAGGAGGUUUUGGACCUGUUUACAAGGUGCGUUUCAUUUUCGUAAUGAAUGUGCUUUGAACACUAUUAAGAAAACCGACAUUAAUGGUCAACCUUCAUGAAAAGUUUAAAAAGCUUACGGUUCUCCUUUAUAGGGGAAAUUACUUAGGGGGCAGGAAAUUGCAGUAAAAAUGCUUUCAAAAAGAUCUGGACAAGGGCUCGAGGAGUUCAGAAAUGAGACAGUACUAAUUGCAAAACUCCAACACAGAAAUCUUGUCAAACUCUUGGGUUGUUGUAUCGAGCGAGAUGAGAAGAUAUUAAUAUACGAAUACAUGGCCAAUAAAAGUUUGGAUUUCUACC